AUGCUUCCACAAACAGAAGCCCUGAUACGAACUGGGCCGGUCUUUCAUAUGUUUAUAACAGCUAGACAAAAGCAUUCCCACUACGGUGGAAGAGAUGAUUCGGCCAACCAACUAGAGGACAAGCUGCCGGCCGGCCUUAAGAAGCAAGGCCUAAAUCCUCGCCUGGGGCGUGGAUUGAGACAAGGCCUUGACUUUAUUCCUCAAUGGAAAUGCGAGGGAAACGAGCUACAAGCCCUAUUUGAUAGGGGACAAACCGAUGGGGUCGGGGCUGCCUCUCUCUACCUCACCACCCCUGGAAUAGGGUUGGCCAGUUUUCGUGACCACUCACUCAAACUGCCUAUUCAAGGGGUCGGGGCUGCCUCUCUCUACCUCACUACCCCUGGAAUAGGGUUGGCCCGUUUUCGUGACCACUCACUCAAACUACCUAUUCAGGGGGUCGGGGCUGCCUCUCUCUACCUCACCACCCCUGGAAUAGGGUUGGCCAGUUUUCGUGACCACUCACUCAAACUGCCUAUUCAGGGGGUCGGGGCUGCCUCUCUCUACCUCACCACCCCUGAAAUAGGUUUGGCCAGUUUUCGUGACCACUUACUCAAACUGCCUAUUCAGGGGGUCGGGGCUGCCUCUCUCUACCUCACCACCCCUGAAAUAGGGUUGGCCAGUUUUCGUGACCACUCACUCAAACUGCCUAUUCAGGGGGUCGGGGCUGCCUCUCUCUACCUCACCACCCCUGGAAUAGGGUUGGCCAGUUUUCGUGACAACUCACUCAAACUGCCUAUUCAGGGGGUCGGGGCUGCCUCUCUCUACCUCACCACCCCUGGAAUAGGUUUGGCCAGUUUUCGUGACCACUUACUCAAACUGCCUAUUCAGGGGGUCGGGGCUGCCUCUCUCUACCUCACCACCCCUGAAAUAGGGUUGGCCAGUUUUCGUGACCACUCACUCAAACUGCCUAUUCAGGGGGUCGGGGCUGCCUCUCUCUACCUCACCACCCCUGGAAUAGGGUUGGCCAGUUUUCGUGACAACUCACUCAAACUGCCUAUUCAGGGGGUCGGGGCUGCCUCUCUCUACCUCACCACCCCUGGAAUAGGUUUGGCCAGUUUUCGUGACCACUUACUCAAACUGCCUAUUCAGGGGGUCGGGGCUGCCUCUCUCUACCUCACCACCCCUGAAAUAGGGUUGGCCAGUUUUCGUGACCACUCACUCAAACUGCCUAUUCAGGGGGUCGGGGCUGCCUCUCUCUACCUCACCACCCCUGGAAUAGGGUUGGCCAGUUUUCGUGACAACUCACUCAAACUGCCUAUUCAGGGGGUCGGGGCUGCCUCUCUCUACCUCACCACCCCUGGAAUAGGUUUGGCCAGUUUUCGUGACCACUUACUCAAACUGCCUAUUCAGGGGGUUGGGGCUGCCUCUCUCUACCUCACCACCCCUGGAAUAGGGUUGGCCAGUUUUCGUGACAACUCACUCAAACUGCCUAUUCAGGGGGUCGGGGCUGCCUCUCUCUACCUCACCACCCCUGGAAUAGGUUUGGCCAGUUUUCGUGACCACUUACUCAAACUGCCUAUUCAGGGGGUCGGGGCUGCCUCUCUCUACCUCACCACCCCUGGAAUAGGUUUGGCCAGUUUUCGUGACCACUUACUCAAACUGCCUAUUCAGGGGGUCGGGGCUGCCUCUCUCUACCUCACCACCCCUGAAAUAGGGUUGGCCAGUUUUCGUGACCACUCACUCAAACUGCCUAUUCAGGAUAGCUGCUUGGAGCUAAAAUGCAAGGCCGCAAACCCCGAAGCGGGGGUAUGGAGCCGGCAUCGAUCGUAUAGCAAGCUGAAAAUAGGAUACCUAUUCGAUCCUAACAUUCAGCAGAGGGUACGCAACACCAGUAGUAAUGCUGCGAAGGCAACCUCUAGUUUCGGCCCUCCCCGGGCCUUGAAUUCUGUCGUCGAUGUGGAGAAUAGGGGAUUACCCUAG